UCAGGAUUCUUAUUAAUAAUCAAGUGAUGAGGCUUUAAAGGAUUAUAGUGAGUGUGCAAGAGGAUAGAAUAUUAUAAAUAUUUUGAACAUACCCAAUAGGUCCUUGUGUUUCUGUAUCAAUUUCAAAAUGUCCUCAUAUGUUUUCACUGUGUAGUUGGAUGUACGUGAUUGUAAAAAUGGCUUCUCCGAGGAUAGUAACUUCGGUAUUAAAAAAUUUAUCUCCGCGAUCACCAAGAAGUGUAGAAAAUUUAAGGCAAUCCUUAACUCCUAAAACACCCGUUAGAAAAGAUCUCAGAGUGGAAAAUCAUGGAAUUUCAAGAACUGUAGAUAGAAAUCAUUUAUCACCUUUUAACAUUGACACUCCGAACAGAGUGAAAAUUUUGAACAACGGUUUGCAAAACGUACAACGCUCUCUUCUUGGUACAGGCAGUUUUGGAAGGGUUUACAAAGCAUCUUAUAAAGGAAAUGAAGUUGCAGCGAAAAUAAUAAAUCGCAGAAAAGAUAGCGAUCUUUCCGUGAAUGCGGAGAAACAUGCGACAUAUUUGAAUCAUUCGAAUAUUGUAAAAGUACUUGGUAUCGAUCAAGGAACUUCCUUGUCUUUGAUAACAAUGGAACUUUGCGGUACUUCUCUCCAAGAUCUACUGGAUGACAGUACUCUUGAAAAGGAAGAACGUAUUCGUAUUUGGAAAGCAAUCUCUUGCGCUUUAGACUUUUGUCACCGUGCCGGUGUUGUACACGCCGAUGUUAAACCUAAAAAUAUUCUUAUGGCCGCUGAUGGUCAGCCAAAGCUCGCAGAUUUUGGAAGUUCUGUACUUAUGGAUGAGCUGGACUUCUCAUCAAGAAAGCACGUUCGUUUUUUUGCUAGCAUUCUUAAAGAUGAUUCGAAUGUCAUAAAAAAUAUUGUAUAUUUUAAGGGUACCCCAGGAUACGCGGCCCCCGAGGUAAUUCAAGGUGAUUUUCCUAGUCCUGCUUCAGACAUCUACUCUCUAGGUGUACUAGCAUGGCAAAUGCUUUCACAAAAGAUUCCUUUUGCCGGGUUUCAUGCACAUACUAUCCUUUAUUUAACUGGUAAAGGGAAAAGACCAAUAGAUGAUAAUCUUGAUGAUGGCUUCAAUGGAACAUAUAAGAAAUUGUAUAGAGAUAUGUGGUCACAAGAUAUGAAAAAAAGGCCAAUGCUCAGGGUAAUUAUUAACAAACUUAGUAACAUGGAAUUGAGAAUCGUUGGAAUAAGAUAAAAUUAAAUUACAAUUAGAAAAGGUGAGAUUAUUAUUAGAUAAAUGUAUACAUCUGAAUUGUGGAAAGUACAAGUAAUACACAGUA